CAAUUUUCUACUUUCAACAAAAAACGAAGAAUCUAUACAAACUAUAAAAAAAAAGUCUCAGAUGAGAUUUCGUUUCUUCUUCCUUUUCUCUCUGAUCGUCUUCUCCGUUUCCUCUGCCAUCUCCGCUGAUUUAGGCUUUUGCAGCGACGACGACAUGUCUACUCUCGACGGCGCUCCGUAUUCUUCCGGUAGCCAGAACAGCGGCGAGGUCGAGAGCCUCGCUCGUUUCGCUGUUGAUGAGCACAACAAGAAGGAGAAUGCACUUCUUGAGUUUGCGAGGGUGGUGAAAGCGGAAGAGCAGGUAGUUGCAGGCAUUCUGCAUCAUCUGACUCUGGAGGUCAUCGAUGCUGGUAAAAAGAAGCUUUACGAAGCUAAAGUCUGGGUGAAGCCAUGGAUGGAGUUCAAUGAGUUGCAGGAGUUCAAACAUGCCGGUGAUUCCCCUAUAAUCACUUCGUCUGAUAUUGGAUGCAAGAAAGAUGGGCAUGAAUCUGGAUGGAGGGCAGUUCCUGUGCACGAUCCUGAGGUUCAGCACGUUGCUGAUCACGCUAUCAAGACCAUCCAACAGAGGUCUAACUCCUUGUUUCCUUAUGAGCUUCAAGAGGUGGUGCAUGCUAAUGCUGAGGUGACGGACAAUGUUUCUAAAUUCAAUAUGCUUCUGAAAGUGAAGAGAGGAGAGAAAGAGGAAAAAUACAGAGUGGAAGUCCACAAGAACCCUGAGGGUUCUCUCCAUCUGAACCACAUGGUGCAAGACCACUCCUGAACUCUCUUGGAUCUUCGUCCUCUACUUCCAUGAGUAAAUGUUUCUCCUUUUGCUCUCUUUGUAAUAAAACCUAACAUGGAGUCACUGUUUGAUGUGUGACAUUAAAACUAAGGAGAAUAACGUGGAGUCACUGUUUGAUGUUUAA